AUGAAUAAUUUUGCGGGUUCGGUUGCUUCUUCUUCAUCCGAUGAUGAUAGCUCUGAUGAAGAUGACUUGGUGUUGCACACGUUGUUGUUUGCGGCACACAAUAGGGUGCAACAAAGAGGAGAAAGUACAAAUAUUGAGAAGAGGCGUAGAAUUUCGAUAGUUCGGGAUCGUAUAGCGGCACACAAGCUUUUGGUACGUGAUUACUUUGCCCCUGAUAGUUUAAAUUUGGAAAACAAUUAUGAGCUUUUCCAAUUGAGAUGGGAUGCAAGAGGUAAACGUGGGUUUAGUACCCUACAAAAAUGCACAGCCCUUAGACAAUUGGCAUAUGGCAUAGCAGCAGAUGCUUCAGAUGAGUAUCUGAAAAUGUCUGAGAGGACUGGAUGA